ACUCUGAGGUGGAGGAAUUGGGUCCUCAAUGAUUCAGAAAGAAUUUGAAUCAUGACCGUGGCAACGUCCAACGACAUCUUCCGAGGCCAUAGGGCGCUCGGCCUCGUGUGCAACUCAAUCCCGUUCGUCCUGAAAUUCCAACAGCAGAGGAAAGAAUAUCUGAUAUUCACAGCUGUCGGUCGGCACUUCCAUGCCUACGGGGGGACUAGACUGAAUCUGCUCUCCAUCUCACCUCUUCACGACGAUGAAAUCUCUGCACUCGCUUGUGACUCGAGACGGGUGUAUUCCGCUGCUGGCGGGAAAAUUUUCUCAUGGAAGAAGGGUGUUGAGCUCAAACAAUCAUAUAUUGGCCAACACGAAACCCGAAUCAAAUUCCUUCUGCCGUUUGGAGAUCAUCUGCUUUCUGCUGAUGAGUCAGGGAAGGUCGUCGUGUGGAACAAAGAAGAUUCAGAGGUGUACACAACGCUCGAACUCGACUCGAUCGGAGGAAUCUCUGUCAUGAUGCACCCCAACACUUACGUGAAUAAAAUCCUCUUCGCCUCGAACCAGGGAUUGAUGCAACUUUGGAAUAUUGCCUCCAACAAACUCGUAUAUGAAUUUAAGAAAUUCAAAGGAGAGCAGAUCACAGCAUUGGAACAGUCCCCCGCCGUGGACGUUGCGGGGAUCGGGUUCGCGAGCGGAAAAAUUAUCCUCCACAAUUUGAAGUUGGACGAAACGAUCCUCGACUUCGUGCAGGAUUGGGGUCCUGUGACCGCUGUCUCCUUCAGGAGCCACGGCCCUGCUCACAUGGCGACGGCGAGCCCUUCGGGACACAUGGCGAUCUGGGAUCUCGAAGAACAGAAGCUUCACUCGCAGCUGUUCGAAGCUCAUCAGAACAAGAUCACCCGUCUGCAGUAUUUGAACAAUGAGCCGCUCCUCAUCUCUUCCGGCUCCGAUAACGCGUUGAGAAUGUGGAUUUUCGACAUGGCGGAUGGCGGCGGCCGGAUGCUCAAAGUCCGGGAGGGACACGCUCAUCCGCCGCGACGAGUACGCUUCUACGACAUACACGGAAAACAAAUACUCUCCGGAGGAGGCGAUUCGACCUUGAAAUCGUUCUCUACAGUCCACGACGCCUACAAUAGAAAUUUCGGCUGCGCCACCUACAGCAAGAAGUCUCUGAAAAGGGCGAAGACGACGGAAUCGAAAGAACUCCUGAGAUUCCCUCCCGUCAUCGAUAUCGCAUCGGAGGUGACACGUGAAAAACAAUGGGAUUCCGUCGUGACUGUUCAUCAGGAUAUGCGACUCGUACAAACGUGGUCUGCCGACAAGGGAUCACUCGGAAAGCAUAAGCUAAUUCAUGAGAGAUUUUUUAAAGAUAAUCGAUAUCACAAGGCCAUAGCUUCGUGUGCAGCGGUAUCGUCGUGCGGGAACUUCGCGAUCAUAGGAUACAGCUCUGGCCACCUGGAUCGUUUCAAUUUGCAGAGCGGACAGCACAGAGAGAGCUACGGGCCGGAUGGUUUGGCUCAUCGAGGACAGAUUCGUUUCGUCGGGUCGGACUGCCUCAAUCAAUUUGUGAUAUCAGCUGGGGCGGACGGCCUGGUGAACUUCUGGAGUUUCAAAAAGCACACAUCGAAGCCCAUCUCGAGUCUGACCUUGGAUUCGUCCUGCUCCAUGGGCCAUCUACACAGGGAGAGCGGGAUGCUGGCGCUGGGAUUAGACGAUUUUUCUGUGGUCAUAGUCGACCUCUCUGUGCGUCGAGUCGUUAGGAAGUUCACAACGGUCAAGGCGCCGAUCUCGGACCUCGCCUUCAGUCCUGACGCCAGAUGGCUUAUCGGGUCCACCAUGGAUUCCGUCGUCAGAACAUGGGAUCUACCAACAGGACACCUGAUCUCUGCGUUCCGGACCCCGUCUCCGGUCAGUUCCUUAUGUUUCUCACCGACGGGUGACUUUCUGGCGACGGCAUUGGCCGAUAAUGUGGGGAUCUACCUUUGGGCGAACACAACGAUAUACGAUGCGGUGAGCCUGACGCCCCUGAAAGCGGACUUCAUCCCGAAACAGGAGGAGAAGCUGCCUUCAUCGCGCAUCGAUAAGGGUCUGGAAGAUGAAGAAGAUGGGGUGAACGACGAUGAAAACAUUGAGGACGCAGCGGAGGAGCGAACGCUGUCUCAGAACAAAGAGAACUCCGACCUGGUGUUACUGAGCGACCUGCCCGUAUCUCGGUGGUUGAAUCUACUGAAUAUGGACGUCAUCCGGAUGAGGAACAAACCCCAAGAGGCGGUCAAGAAACCCGAAGCCGCGCCGUUCUUCUUGCCGACUGUACAGGGACUGGAGUUCAAGUUCCUGGUGGAAGAGGAUGCAGACGGCGAGAAGUCGUCGAAAGUCGUGAAAACCUCCGCCUCCAGGAGUUAUUCAGCAUUCGCAAACUUUCUCUUACGGUGUUCAGAGACCAACAACUAUGCUCCUGUCAUGGAUAGACUGAAACAGCUCGGACCGUCGGUCAUCGAAUUGGAGAUCCGUUCUCUGUCCGAAGAGAACGGAGGCUCGUUGGAGCUCAUGGCUGCCUUCCUGGAGGCAAUGGAAGCCGCUCUGCGUACGAAGAAAGACUACGAGUUGGUCAAUUCCUACCUGGCCUUGUUUAUGAAACUGCACACCCCUGUCGUCCUCGACAAUGACGAUAUUUGCGAGCGGCUCCAACUGGUGAUGGAGGCUCAGAACGACUCCUACGAAGGUUUGAAGAAGCUUUUCUCUCAAAGUUUGUGCGUUGUCAACUACUUGAGGAGCGCUGUUCUAUGAGGAUGAUUCGAUGAUAUUGACUGUACAUUAAGCUUCCAAUAAAGAUUAGCGCG